UGACCCCCAGCCAGCUGACUCCGGUAGGGUGAGGUUUGGUGGCUGCGGAAAAGCUGGUGCAGCCCCUAGUGCCCGGCUGGGGACUCGUGCCGACCUGUCACCGUCAGAAUGUCGGGCAAAGACCGAAUUGAGAUCUUUCCCUCGCGAAUGGCACAGACCAUCAUGAAGGCCCGAUUGAAAGGAGCCCAGACCGGCCGAAACCUCCUGAAGAAAAAAUCUGAUGCCUUGACUCUUCGAUUUCGACAGAUCCUAAAGAAGAUCAUAGAGACCAAAAUGCUGAUGGGUGAAGUGAUGCGUGAAGCCGCCUUUUCCCUGGCCGAGGCCAAGUUCACAGCUGGGGACUUCAGCACGACCGUUAUCCAAAACGUGAAUAAAGCCCAAGUGAAGAUCCGCGCAAAGAAAGAUAACGUAGCAGGUGUUACUCUACCAGUGUUUGAACAUUACCACGAAGGAACUGACAGUUAUGAACUGACUGGUUUAGCCAGAGGUGGAGAACAGUUGGCUAAAUUAAAGAGGAAUUAUGCCAAAGCAGUGGAGCUCCUGGUGGAACUGGCUUCACUGCAGACGUCCUUUGUUACUUUGGAUGAAGCUAUCAAGAUAACCAACAGGCGUGUAAAUGCCAUUGAACAUGUCAUCAUUCCCCGGAUUGAAAGAACCCUGUCUUACAUCAUCACAGAACUGGAUGAGCGGGAGCGAGAGGAGUUCUACAGGUUAAAGAAGAUUCAGGAGAAGAAAAAGAUUCUCAAAGAAAAAUCUGAGAAGGACCUGGAGCAGCGGCGAGCAGCUGGGGAAGUGGUGGAGCCUGCUAACCUUCUGGCUGAAGAGAGGGACGAGGAUCUUCUCUUUGAAUAAGCUUUCUGAAGUCCCCGUGCUGGCUCCAUUGUAGUUCAUGCUGUGUGCUUCUGGUAUGUGUGGGGGUUUUUGUUUUGUUUUGAAGCCCCAAAAUCUCACUGGUUGUAAAAGUUCCCUGAAUGGGAAUUUCAUGGGGUUACUUCUCCAGCAUCACAAUUCAGUCAUGGUGUUGGAGAUUUGUAGAACCUGCCAAGGAACUGGUCGUUUUACCGCAUAAAAGCAUCACCUGCUCCAUUUCCAUCUGCUAGUGGCCUGCUUGCCGUGCAUACUAGGAAAUGACACGUUGGGAAAUACCAUUGGUCUCAGGCCUGCAUGACGUGCAGGUCAGCUAGUCCCGUCCACCUUCACAGCUGCUCGCAGCCCCAGGCCUGGUGUCUGGGAUCCCUGUAGUGCUCCCUGUGUGACUGUGGCCUGGCUCCAGCUUUUCUGAAUACCUUCACAUCUUUCUCCUUGCAUGACAGGUCUGUCUGUCUGUCUGUCUGUCUGUCGUGGGAGCAGUUGUCGAUUUCAAUGUGAAGAUGGUGUAAGCAGAGUAAAGUAAUUUAAACAUAAGUUGUUCCUCGUCAUGAAUUGCUAACAGUAGUCUUGUCCUCGGGCUCAGAUUGCAGCGGUAUCGCCGUCCAGAGCUGAGACCUGGACGAGAGCCUGGAACCUGCCAGCUCCCCUCCAGACGCCCUUGCUUUGCGAGCAGCCUUACCAUGCUGCCUCGGGGGUCUCAUUAGAAAGCUGAGGGCCCUGGUGGUGGCACAGUGGGUUACCCAUUGGCUGCUCAUAGCAGCGUCAGCAGUUUGAACCCACUAGCUGCUCCUCAGGAGAAAGGACACUUCAGCCCUGGAAAACCAAAGGGGCCGGUCUGUCCACGGGAUCAGGAUUACUCCGUGGCAAGGAAGGGGAGAGGUUGCUGAUGAGUGGCAGGCUCCAUGACCCCAUUUCUUCCCCAGUCUCAAGAGUGUAAGGCUCCUCACUGUUCACGCAGGUCCUUGGUGCUGUUUGGUUUGAUGUGAGCUCAGUCUUGGCUGCCUACUAUUCUAGACAUUCUUGGCCUGACCGGCCGUUUUUAAGUUAAUGAAAGUGGCACUAGUCUAAUACUGGAAUUAACUGAUGGCACAGCCUUGGUUUUUUAAAGUUCUAAAUAAUUUAGGAAACAUUUAAAACAUUUAUUUGAUUUUAUAAAAUUACAAGGUAUGUACUGGUCUUAUUUUAAGGCAUUGCGUAUAUCACCUCAUUACUAUGCUAUUUUAAUUCUCUAUUUCAUAAGGGAAAAAUUUGAGAUAUAGGGAACUUAAAUAUGGUUGGUCUUUAGUCAAAAAGCUCCCUCCAAACCAAAAACCUCAUUGUACUCUUCUGACAGAGUCGUGUGGGUCUUUGAGACUAAAUCUGUAAGGGAACAGCCAGCCUUGAGUUUGAACCGCUAACCUUCUGGUUAUCAGCUCAAUCCCUAACCCACUAUGCAACCAGGGCUUCUUGGUCACAAAGCUCCAAGUGUCAAAUCUAAGAUUUCAGGCAGUCUUAACUUCCUACCUCUAUUUAAAGUCUUGAGUAUUUAAAGGUAAGAUCAGCACUGAUCACGAGGGAGUUGAUUUUUAAGAAUCCCCUUGGUAUUCACAUUAUAAAAUCAGGCUCAGUAUGGAUUUAAUAGUGAUUAGGAAAGCACAGUAACCAAGUUCCUAAGUCAUGGAAAUAAGAUUGAACUGUCUGACGUAGAAUCCUCCCGCCCCCAAAUAAGGGCGGAAAUGCCAUUUCCGUGCUGUAGAUGAGGAGAGGGAGGCUCUGGCAGAUCAAACAGCUGGGAUUCCAGCCCACUGCGUCAGUGUUUUGGUGCUUAAGCACAGCUUUUCUAGGAGCGUGGCAGAGAUUAGAGGGCAGGACCAGGGAACUAGAUGAUUUGCUGGUUUAUGUAAAUUCCACAGUUCCUUCUUGUGCAUAUUUGAUUUCAGGAAUCCUCACAUAUAGAUGAGUGACACUGCAUAUGUCAUGUUCUCAGUACUGAAAACACUAUGCCAAAAAGCACCUUCAAUUCCUCCUGUGGCAUUUUUUUCUGACUGGUUAAAAUACCUACAAAUCAAGAUUUUAUAUGUACUGUUAAGAAUCAGGUGAAAAUAGUGGAAGUGAUCUGGUCAGUGGGGGUGAGAGUGGGGAAGAAACAUCCAUGGUUGGACUGGGGUAGUAAGUGUUGUUUUGGUUGGUUGAUGAUUUGCCUCCUUUGAGAGCUACACUGGCAUAACAGAAUAAAGAGAAAACAUGAUGAAAUAAAUAUAUAUGGACUUCAAAAGUUUAUAAAUUCCA